AUAAAGAAUAUGGCCACUUCUUAUAAUAAUAAUCCAUUAAAAGUAAAUUGCUCCAAUAACAAAGGACCCUUCCAUGUCUCAGACAAUUCUCGUCAACACAACAACAUUCCACUUUUGUCUAUUUCUAAGCCAAACUUGAGAUCAACUAUACCGCAAGUGUCUUUGCAAUUUGAUGUUGCCAAAACAGUGAAAAAUAAUAUAGCAAAAUUAGUUGAUGUUUUUGUGGAUUCGUUCUUUGAGUUCAGUGACAAGCCAUUGCUUCCAUCUAUGAGUAACUUUGCUCCUGUGGAAGAGUUGAGAGAAGCCAUAGUUGUGAGUAGCAUCCAAGGACAAAUUCCAAAGGAUUUUCCAGAGGGUGUAUACAUUAGAAAUGGAUCAAAUCCACUUUUUGGAGGACUAAAAUCAACAAACUCAAUCUUUGGUAAGUCAAGUCACGUCUGGGUGGAAGGAGAAGGAAUGCUUCAUGCAUUGUAUUUUCAAAAAUCAAGUCAUGGAACCUGGAAUGUCAUCUACAACAACAAACACGUCGAAACCGAAACCUACAAUCUUGAAAAACAAAGAAACAAACCAUUGUUUCUCCCCGCCGCACAAGGCCAUUCACUCGCCAUUUUAUCUGCUUAUCUAUUCAACUGGCUGAGAUACGGCACAGUAAACAAAUACUUCAGCAACACCAGUGUGUUUGAGCAUUCAGGAAAGUUUUACUCAGUUGCUGAAAGUCACAUGCCACAAGAGAUUGAUAUAUUAUCCUUGAAAACUUUAAACAAUUGGGAACUCAGCGCAACUUGGAAUCGAUCUUUUCCGAGUCAUCCAAAGAAAGCUCCAAUUACUGGAGAGCUAGUAGCAUUAGGUGUGGAACCAAUUAAACCUUUUGCCGUGGUUGGAGUUAUUUCAGCGGAUGGAAAGAAGUUUGUUCAUAAAGUUGAUAUCAAACUAAACAGAUGCAGUCUUUGCCAUGACAUAGGUGUUACACAAAGGUACAAUGUGAUCAUGGAUUUUCCACUAACCAUUGAUCUUAUCAGACUUCUAAGAGGAGGCCAGUUAAUAAAGUAUGAUAAGAAAGAAUAUGCGAGGAUUGGGAUAAUGCCGCGCUAUGGUGACGCGGACUCAAUCAAAUGGUUUGAGGUUGAACCUAAUUGCACCUUUCACGUUAUCAAUUCUUUUGAAAAUGGUGAUGAGGUUGUAGUGAGGGGAUGCAGAUCUCUUGAUUCUUUAAUUCCUAAACCCGACUCGAGUUCAAACAACUAUGAGUCGUUAUCUCGUUGUUACGAAUGGCGAUUGAAUAUGAAAACCGGAGAGGUUAAGGAGAAAUAUCUGUGUGGUGAGAAAGUAGUCUACAUGGAUUUUCCUAUGAUCAAUGAAAACUAUGUUGGUAUUAAGCAUAAAUAUGCUUACACACAAGUAGUUGAUCCUAUUGCAAGCUCCACCGCUGAAUAUGUGCCAAAGUAUGGAGGUUUAGCAAAGCUAUACUUGGAAGAAUCAUGUGAAGAGUCUUGUAUAAAGAUGGAAUACCAUAUGUUUGAGAAGAAUACAUAUUGCAAUGGAGCAGCGUUUGUGGCUAGAGAUGGAGGAGUUGAAGAAGAUGAUGGUUGGAUCAUUACUUUUGUUCACAAUGAAGUUACUAACAAAUCUCAAGUUCAUAUAAUAGAUACAAAGAAUUUCUCUGGUGAGACAGUUGCGAAAAUUGAAAUGCCUUAUAGAGUUCCAUAUGGAUUUCAUGGAGCUUUCAUGCCAAUCUCAUUCCAAGAUCAGUAGUUCCAUUUGUUCAUAUUACCAGUAUUUGAAAUUGGAACUAUUUUCAUGGAACUUUUAUUGUGUUUAUAGGAUGUUUAUAGGAUGAAAUUGUGCCCGGUACCUACUCUUUUAGACUUGCAAAUAAGUUGUCGGUGGGUGAUUCAAAAAUAUUUGUUAAAGCCAACAACAACAAUAAUGUGUGGAGAAAAUAAUAAUGAUAAUUAGUUUAAGCAAAUUCAAUGAGUAUGGUAGUAAUGUUCAAGAAAAUCUAAUGUUCAUAUUUAUACAACAAAUCUCCACUUUUCCAUCACAUC